AUGGGAUUUUUUUCGAAUAAGGAAACAACCGCAGGCGCAACUCCGUCUAAUAUCUUAUCUACUUUGGACAACCAUGCUUUGGAGGAUGAAAAGAAUGAAUUUACAGGUAGAAUCGAAGUCGAAAAUGAACUAAGUUCUUUGUCAACUGACGAAAAACACUUAGACCAUGUCUUCCAAGACCCUGUAGUUGCAGCUUAUUAUGCAAAGGUAUAUGAGAGGACGCAAUAUGAAUGCAGGGAAUAUGUUGACCAUGAUCUCACAUGGACUAAGCAAGAAGAACGUAAAAUAGGCUGGAAAAAUGAUUGGUACGUGACCUUUUGGGCGUUUAUCAUGUUUACCGCUCUUGAUUUCGAUAGGGGUAACAUUGCUCAGGCUUUGUCUGAUGAUAUGUUGGGUGACUUGAAGUUAACAACGAAUGACUACAACUUGGGAAGCACUAUCAACUUGGUUUGCUUUUUAUCUGCAGAAUUACCUUCUCAGUUGAUUUCGAAAUGGAUUGGGCCCGAUGUUUGGAUUCCUUCUCAAAUUGUGUUAUGGAGUAUAGUUUCAGUGUGUCAAUCAACUAUUAAAACUAGGCUGGGCUUUUUAGCAACAAGAGCCUUACUUGGUGCUUUACAAGGAGGUUUCAUUCCUGACAUUUGUCUUUGGAUGAGUUACUUUUACACUUCUAAGGAAUUACCUUUCAGAAUGUCAUUGUUUUAUAUUGCAAAUCCAUUAACUCAAGUAUGGUCAAGUCUUUUGGCGUUUGGGCUUUUAAAAAUUCACACUUCUGGCAUGGAAGAAGGUUGGAGAUGGUUAUUCCUUAUUGAAGGACUCUUCACCUUUCUUGUUGGAGUAAUUUCUUUCUUCAAGAUGCCGGCAUCUGUGGUUCAAACUAGGACUUGGUAUAGAAAGAAAGGCUGGUACACUGAAAGAGAGGAAAAGAUAUUGGUCAACAAAGUAUUGAGAGAUGAUCCUGCAAAAGGUGAUAUGCAUAACAGAGAACCUGUCGGACCCAAAGAAUUGUUAAGGUCAUUAUUGGAUUAUGAUUUAUGGCCAAUAUACUUUAUUCGUAUAUUAGGAGACAUUGGUACUGCACCCAUACAGAAUUAUAUGACCUUGACCCUUAAGAAGUUGGGUUUUUCAACGUUUAAAACAAAUGCUUUAACUAUUCCCUAUAAUAUUCUUACAAUUAUAACUAUGCUUGUAACAGGAUAUUUGACCGAGACUUUCAAUCAUAGGGCAUUCGCUCUUGCUGCAACUCCAAUUUGGAUUUUAUCAUCUUUAAUUCCGUUAAGGUUCUGGCCAGGAUCUCAGAAAGACGUUUGGGGGACAUAUGCACUCUUAACAAUUUUAUUAGGGCAUGCCCCAAUUUGGCCCAUUACAAUUACUUGGUGUUCUGCCAACUCAAAUGGGGUCCGUGCCAGAGCGGUAUCCGCAGCGCUAGUUAAUAUGUUUUCACAGUCUGCAUCUAUUUGUGCAGCUAACAUUUAUAGGAAGGAUGAUGCUCCUUUAUAUAAAAGAGGUAACACUCAAUUGAUUGCAAUUGCCUUUGGUGCUCUUGCGAUGUGUUUCAUUGCAAAGGGAUACUACAUCUUCAGAAAUCAUCAAAGAGAAAAGAAGUGGAGCAAGUUUAGUAAGGAAGAAAAGGAAGACUAUGUCAGAUAUACAACUGAUAUCGGAAACAAGAGAUUGGACUUCAGAUUUGUCCAUUGA